CCGCAGCCAAUCCAACGCGACGCGACGCAAUCAGCACUGAUACCAUCAACCAGCAACACACGCAGAGUGGCUCAUUCUCACAUUCGCGACGACGUCCAUGGCGCCGCAGCUCAUGACCGACGCGAUGGACUCGUUCCUGCAGCAGCAGUUUGACGCUGCGCCACGCACGGUCCUGGACGCGCCGUCCGCCGCUUCGCCCAUCGUCGUCCUCGAGAUGGACGAGACGCAAGCCAUCGCAGACGCACUGCGCUCGCGCAAGACGUACCGCGAUGCCAUCGAGAUGGAGCGACGCGUCGAGUACUUUCGCGGCAAGGACAUCCGCCGCUGCUUCCCGGAUGCGUCGCCCGACACGCUCGCGAGCUACGGCCACUCGCUGCUCUACCACGGCUUUAUCCACCGCUCCGAGAAGGUGGCGACAGCCAAGAAGCUCAAGGGCACGCCAACGACGCUCGCGAUUGCAAAGGACCAGGCGUUCGCGACCGACGGCUUGUACACGUGGAUGUACGAAGGCUCGGCGACACUCCGCAACGUGCUUACGGUCGCGCUGGUCUGCUUUGCAGGCCUCUGCACGCUCUACCCUCUCUGGCCGCUCUGGGCGCAGUCGGCGGUUUGGAACAGCGGAGUCACGCUGGCACUCGCGAGCACGGCCGUUGGGUGUGUGCGCGUGAGCGUCUGGCUUAGUAUUUGGCUCGCAACGGGACGCCAUGUGUGGCUUCUCCCCAGCUUUCCUCUGCUUACGUCGCCGCUUCUGGAAGAAGGCAAGGCGCCGCUCGGGUCGAUGACAAAGCGACUGGUCGUGGCAACGGCACUCGUGGCGACCGCAGCCUACUUUGUCUACAAUCCCAUGUCGUUUGGGAAGCGCGGCGCGUUCGGCUUUGGGCGGCAGCUCGUGCGUGAGGCGUACAAGGGCACGGUGCUCAACCGCUUCUCGCAGCAAGAAAAGGACUUUGUCUACUCGAUCUUCCGCGUCCUCCGCCGCUUGCUCGUGUAACUCUUUCGAUGUAUAUUUAGCGUAACCCAGCAUGUACACUAUUCUUUCCGUAACUUUAGCG